UUCAAGGUUGUGAGCAUAUAUUUCGCAUAAUAAAAGUAGACCAAUAUACACCAUCUCUUGCUCAAGAAAACAUCAUCUAUCAACAACCAGAGAUAAUUCUUCCUUAAGAUGAUUUACUCGUGGAGGAAGGCUAUUUCAGUUCUUUUGAUGACAUUUUACCUCUUGCAGAAUAUCAACCCAACUGUUUCCUUCCCUUCUUCUGGUGAUAUUCGACUUGUUGGUUCAUCAAAUUCGUCUCAAGGCCGAGUAGAAAUCUUUCAUAGCGGCUCCUGGGGCACAGUCUGUGAUGAUUAUUGGGACAUAAAUGAAGGCAACGUUGUCUGCAAGCAGUUGGGCUUUACUGGUGCCAUUGCAGUGUAUUCGUCUGCAUUUUUUGGACAGGGACAUGGUACGAUAUGGAUGGAUAACGUGCAAUGUAAUGGCAAUGAAAGCAGGCUUGAAAACUGUACACAUAACGGAUGGGGAGUACACAACUGUGGUCACUCUGAGGAUGCUGGAGUAGCUUGCCGCCCUAACACGACUUGGAAUGGUUCUGGCAACUGCAAUUUCGAUUCAUUAUCAUUUUGCGGUUAUGUAAACGAAAAAAAUGACAAUUUUGACUGGACAAGGGAUAGCAGUGGUACACCAUCAUAUGGCACUGGACCCCGAGCCGACCAUACAACUGGAUAUGGGUAUUAUAUUUACAUCGAAACGUCUUACCCACGCCGUGCUAAUGAAAAAGCUCGUUUGGUAAGCCCGUUGAUAACCGGAGGAAAGUGUGUGGAGUUUUUCUAUCAUAUGAAGGGRUCWACUAUAGGGCAAUUGAAUGUCUACAUCGAGAACAGCUCGGGUAUUCGAUCGAGAGUUUGGCAGAAAGUUGGACAACAGUCAUACGACUGGCUUAAGGGUUUAGUCCCUGUCAAUGGCUAUAACUCUUAUAAGGUCGUGUUUGAAGGUGUUGUCGGCUCAAGCUACACUGGCGACAUUGCACUAGAUGACAUCAAGAUUCUGAACACUCCAUGCUUUAAAAAUGUUUCUAGCGUUUGCACAUUUUAUGGAAUGAAUUUCUGUGGAUAYACUGCAACAGCUGAAAGUGAUUUUAAAUGGUCAAUUCGUCAAGCAAACGGGUACAGCUGGUAUUAUACGCCCUCAAAAGACCACACAAAGGGAAAACUCAAUCAAUAUGGAGGAUAUUACGCUUAUAUACAGAACUCGUAUUAUCGUGAGGGGAAGAUYGCUCAAAUGAUAAGCCCUGAAAUAAUUGGCAAACAAUGCGUGGAGUUUUAUUACUACAUGGGAAGCAGCAAUGGAAAUGGUGAACUAAACGUUUAUAUCGACGACGGAGUCAAGACCGUCAUAUCAUGGCAACUAAAAGGUUAUCAAGCGUCGAAGUGGUUGAAGGGAAUGUUGCCCGUAAAAGGAAAUUUGACAUCUUUCAAGGUGGACCAGGAAAACGAGGAAAAGAAGAUUACAACUUAA